AUGGACAGCGAUGAGCUUACACAGCAGACACAACAAUGCACUCAAGAUGUCCUCGAUCCACGCCGCGAAGGAAGGAACAACUCCGGUCUCUCGACCGAAGACAUCUCGGAUGUCAUGUGCAUCUUUCACCCUGGCACACCGGCAGCCUACAACUUAGCCAACUUCACAGCUCAACGUGCGCCGCAGUACAUCUUGGAGGAUGUCGACCUGAGUGAAGAGGAGCCGCUUCCUGCUGAAGCCACUCAGGACUUGGACGAUGAUCAAAAGACGUUUAUUCUACCUGGAAGAGGAGAUCGACCCAUUCAGUCCUAUGAUUUCGCGUUUCGUUUCUCCACCAAGACACUCCAACCUGCCUGGGGCAUCACCUUUGGGCGCAAUCCAGACUGGUGUGACAUUAUCGUCUCUGGCGAUGUGCACAAGCGGGUCAGUAACAUGCACUUCGCUCUGUACAUGAAUGAGGCUGGCGUGAUCAUGCUUCAAGACACCUCCACCAAUGGCACCAUGGUCGAUGAUGUCCUUCUAAAGAGUAAGACUGGGCAACAUCCUACUGCUCGCAUGCUUAACCACGGAUCUGUGAUUCAGAUUUUGUCACCGUCUCCGGAGGAGGCUAUCAAAUUCAUUGUUCGCAUUCCAUCGCGCACCGGGUUCACAGAUCAGUACUUGGCGAAGUUUGAUGCGUACCUCGCCAGACAGAUCGAGGCAGAAACAGCAUAUCGCAAGGCUCGCGGUGACGAGACCUCGCCACUGAAAUGGAGAACCACACAGAACGCGGGAAACAGUGCUCUUCGCGCUCCGAUCGUCUCCGAUCAAUAUGGCAUGCACUGGGACGGUGGGAUAAAGUUCAACGUUGUCGCACAGAUCGGCAAGGGGGCCUUCGCAAGUGUAUAUCAGCUCGCAACCAAAGGCGAAGGUCAUCUGUAUGCUGCGAAGGAGUUGGAGAAGCGCAGAUUCAUGAAGAACGGCAUCCUGGACCGGAAGCUCGAAAACGAAAUGAACAUCAUGCGGCAAAUCAAUCACAAGAGUAUUGUAGCAUAUCACGGCUACGAGGACGCUCCCAACCACCUGUACAUCAUCAUGGAAUACGUUGGCCGUGGCGAUUUGCAGCAACACCUAGCUGAGACUGGUCCUCUGCUCGAGUAUACUGCCAAAUCCAUGUCGAUACAAGUCCUCGACGCUCUAGACUAUCUGCACAAGAAGAACAUCACACAUCGUGACAUCAAGCCGGACAACAUCCUUCUGGAGGAGCGACAGCCGCACAACUUCAUUAUCAAGCUUUCGGAUUUCGGCUUGUCCAAGGUCGUGGACACCAAUGAUACAUUCUUGAAGACUUUCUGCGGAACUUUGCUGUACUGCGCUCCCGAAGUCUUUCCUCACUACGACGGUCCACUGAGCAAAGGUGUCAAGCGACCGCGAGCUCCGCCCAAGCAGCACUCAAACAAGCAGCACACUUACAGCCAAGCCGUGGAUAUCUGGUCGUAUGGUGCAGUGCUGUGGUACUCCCUAUGUCACAAGCCGCCGUUCGAGGGAAUCGCCGAUCACACCGGUCGCGGUAUGUUCGAUAGGAUCAUGAUGACUCCACUGGACGUUUCAAUGUUGAAGAAGACUUCUAAGUCAGCUGUCGCGCUGUUAAUCCAGAUGCUCAACACCGACCCCUCUACUCGACCGUCCGCGGAGACAUGUUUAAAGCAUGAAUGGUUCGCCGAUCAGCCGCCGCCUGUGCAUCGCCCACAACAGGCUGAAGUCCUUGGUGCCAUCGCAGAAGAGCCCGAGGCGGAUGCUACGGCUGGUGCAGAUCCCGACGUUGCCGCACUUAGUAUUCAGGAGAAGCCAAGCAGCCAAUACAGUGAGGUCAGCCUGAAUUCAUCAGACAUGAAUUUCUUCGACCCUCGUCAAUCAAAGCGAUUCAAGCUCGAUCACGAUGAGAACGAAGAAGAAGAGCUGGUCGACUCUAGUCCGGAGCUGUACGACUCGAUUCCUAUCGCUUUGCAGCAGAAUGGCCAGGCCCAGGUUGACGUCCAGGCAGAGACUGAGUCGAAAGUCAAGCCGAAGAAGCUCUUCGGCGAGAUAAGUCAAUCUGACCUGCAGCACACGGCGUACGGACAGCGUGCGAACACGACACAAGCCAACUACAGCAGCUCUGUAUACUCUGAACACGUUCCCGAGUCCGAAGACAGUCGCGGUGGCGAACGAUCAUCUUCACAGGAUAACAGAGAGAUGUCUCCUAGCCUCUACGGUACAGAAUCUAUGGUCCGGGGAAUGAACAUGGAUUCAGCUUUCGGUCAGACAUCUGACGGUGUCGAUCCGAAAACACCUUCCAGCUUUGGGGAAUCGAGCGACGCCGAUCUGUCACAAAAGACCCCGGCGGGCAAUGCACCAGCGCCAGUAGCUGCGAAUCAGCCACCACCUUUCAGCCGACAGAUCAACGUCCCAUUGCCGCCUUCGUAUUACUGGAAGGCGAACGAUCCCUCGACGCAUACCAUAGAGUACGCAGAGAAAGUCAGUGGUCGCAGUUUCGCUGCCGAGAAGAUGCACUUGCCUAGAAAGCUUGCGUCUCCUCCCAACGUGGCACGUCGGGACAGUGCUAGCAUUCAAUCUAACCUGCGACAGGAUGACUCCCAAAGACUGGCUACGACGAAUGAGCUCUACGAAGCAUCGAGGCCUGCGCUCGGUCGGCUAGUAACGACGCAUGACUCCUUCGCCCAGAUCACCAUAGAUCUGAACAAGAGAUGGACGAGAUGGGGUCGCACGCCCACCAACGAAGUCGCAUUCGACGACCAAAUGGAGCUCCGUGUACCAAAGACGGCUUUCGGUGUGUUCUGGUCCGCACCAGAGCUUGAUCAAGUACCGGAGGAUGACGACAUCACAGGCUUGCCUGGUCUGUACUGCGGUAUACUCACUUUCGCUAGUAACGGAGUGCAUGUGAACGGCGUGCAGCUAGACAAGGGAGAACCUGGCAGACAACGAUUCGGUCGACUGCAUACUGGAGACAUCAUCGACAUCUGGCCAUGUGCCAGUAACAAGAAAGAUCGCCUCAGAUUCAAAUGCGAAUUCUACGCUGGGGCGGGCAAGCACCGCCGCACAAAGGAUGGGCCAAAGUUCAAAGUGGAGAGGGAAGGACGCAGUCGGUCUACCUCCCAGUCUACUCAAGACAAGAAGGAGGCGGCAGCUGCCGGAGCUGCUAAUGCGCAGACCGGUGAGGAGGAGAAGGAUGACGAUGAACUGUUUCCAUACCAAGAUGAGGCUAUCUUCGGAGACUGCGAGUCUGAGAUAGUGGACUCUUUUUGA